GUGCAACACUGCGUUUUCUGCUGCCCCCUUUUGGCUGUUGUUUCGUGUGUUGACCAAUAAAUUUUUCGCAUAUUUUUUCCACUUUUCAAUUACCAAAUUGCCGGAGGCGCCAACGGAGACCGUCGAACGCCAGCUAACCGAAUAACCAGCGAGUUAUUGGCCAAUUUUAAGUGGUUACUACGCAGGAACAGGAGCAGGAUCUCGACCAGAUCGCCAGGAAGCGACAUUUGCAAGAGUGGCCAGAGUGAAAGCGAGAGAGCGACAGUGGCAGUUAGAGAGAGAGCGAGCGAGCUAGAGAAAUCCUGUCCAGAAAUUGGGAAUACUUGGUCAAGCAGCUGCUCCGCGUUUCAAGUCGUCUUUGUUUGUGCAACGUUGUGUAAACAAGCGGAACAUCUCGACCAUUGAAAGCAUCAGGCAACCUGAAUCCACAUCCAGAUCUACAACAGUAGCCACAUCCAAAUCCAGAUCCAUAUCCACAUCGACUGUGGGUGCACGUUUCCCGUUGGCCAAUCCGACCCAGCAAUUAAAAAUGGCCGCUGCCGCUGCGAGCGCAGUGAAUGCAGUAAACGACUGCUUCAGCAUUGGGUCCACAGUCGUCUGCACGACCUGUUUCAACGAGGAGGUGGAGGGCGAGGUGCUGGCCUUCGAUCACAACACAAAGAUGCUUAUCCUGAAAUGCCGAUCCAAGUCCACGGAAGAGCUGAGUGAUAUCUACGCGAUGAACCUCUCGCUGUGCAGCAACGUGCAGGUGGUCAAGGAGUGCAACGGCAACUUCGACGAUCCGCAAAAGCUCAACCUGGAACAGGUUAAAAUGCGCCUAAGGAAAACAGUAGAGCGAAGACAGGACUACCUGAAGUCCAAGAACGCGGAUGUCAGUCCAGAGGCACAGGAGCUUUAUAGAGCGAUAGCCAAACAAUACGGGUACAAUGAGGUCUCGUGGCAAGGACUCAACAUACAAAUUCUGAAUGAAGUCACCAUCUCGCCGCCGUACCGAGUGGACAACGUGGUGUCCAGCUCGAACAACGAAACUUCAUGCAACUAUAUCAAGCGGAUCAUCAAACAGUUCUUCAACACAAGGCCAUCGCCGGUUCCAGAAAGCGGAGCUGCGGCCAGCACCUCGUCACCCUCGGUGUCUCCCACGUCCUCAUCUCUAGCAUCCGGAUCGCCGGUCCCUGCAAAUUAAUAAUAAAGAGAAAAAAAAAACAAACAAACAAAAAACAGAAAUGUGCUUCAAAAAAGACAAAUCAAUUGUUUUAAAUAUUUUAGAGGGUUAGGGUAAAAGGGAAAAGCCUUUAUGGUUUUUUAAUGUUUAUUAAAUUUGUGGUCCACAGCAACAAACAACGCAAAAAUUUAUACUCCGAAUGUAAAAUAAUAUUGAACGAAAAGAAAAUUGGAGUUUUUGGGCAUAUAAAUGGUGACUAAUAUUAAAAAGUUUCAGUGGGGAUCAAAAUUUCUGGAAAAAACUACAGUGUGCCACAAAAGUGAUGAUACAGCAGCUAUUUUUUACUAUAUGUGUGAAUUCCUUCAUUAUUCAACGGAUUUAAAUAAAACAAAAAAUCACUUCAAA